CUACAUAGAUAGAUAGAUAGAUAGAUAGAUAGAUAGAUAGACAGACAGACAGAUAGAUAGAUAGAUAGACAGACAGACAGACAGACAGACAGACAGACAGACCUAAAGCUUUGCAUUUUUCCUAAACAGUUUCAAUGUUGAAAAAAGGCUUUUAAAACUUUGUGUAGUCCCUGAAAAUCAGUACAAAGUGUACAGACAAAAAAAAAGUACUGUGUGUCUAUUCAGUUUUUAUGUUUGUUAGAUGACAAAUCUCCAGUUUACAUAAGUAUUAUCAUGCGAUAGGAUAUCCUGCUAAUAAUUAUGUCUUGGUAAACAUAGUUUAUUUACUCUGCAUAAUGCAGUACCAACAGUUUAGUUUAAACUGCCAUAUGCUUUUGUCUUAAAGCUGUUGAGCCCUGCACAUGACAUCCAGAAGAAAAAAAAAUUAAAUCGUGGCCAUCAAUCAAGAUUACAUUCUCACAACUUCAUGGCCACAUUUUAUUCAUUCAUUCCAUUGUUUUAGUUAAAUCAUUGUCAUUUAAAAAUAGUCUGUACUAAAAGAGAUCUAAACAGCUUUAAAAAUGUCAAAUACUGUAGAGGGAGUGUUCGAUGGUGGUUUCUGGAUGAACAAACAAAAUGAAAAAGGUGUGUUUACGGGCGUGCUCGUUGGGUGUGCUCUUACAUAGGUGAGCUAUAGUCAUAUCCACAAACAUAUUCUCACAGUAGUUACACAUAGCUAAGCGAGAAAGUCAUCUGAACAGUUUUGUUUCUAUUGAUGAAGGACUGAAAACCAGUCAGUAUCAAUUUACUUCACAAGCUCUGGUUGAACAAACCCAGUGCUCUUACCCUGUAAAACUGACUGUACAUUGAGAUUGAUUGUUUUGAGCUGACUUGCUAAACAGAGCUAAUCAACCAUGGCAUGUGAACAAGACUACUACACUAUCAUGUAUGGGCUGCAGGAGCUUGAUUUUGAAGGGGGAAAAGCAGUGCCCAGUGAUCUUGUACUAAUAGGUGAACAUGCCUUUCCACUUGCCAUGAAUCCAAGAGGUCAGGUUCUGAUGGCUGCAUCUCGUUAUGGUGAGGGACGUGUGGUGGUGUUGGGACAUGAGCAAUACCUAACACACUUCCCUGGCCUGAUAGAGAAUGCCCUUAUGUGGCUCAUGCCAUGUACUGGUGAUGCUGGCAUUGUAGGGAUUCAGAAGAGUUUAUGUUCAGUAGCUGAAAACUUGAAAUACUGCCCUAUCAAGACAGAGCUAGGAGACUUUCGGAAUGGAUUAGCUAUAUAUAUCACAGAUGCUUACAGUGUUGAGAACUGUGCAAAGGAUCUGAUAGCUUUCAUCAAAGCUGGGGGUGGCUUGAUCAUUGCUGGCCAGGCCUGGAGUUGGGCUGCUGCCCACCCGCAAGAAAACACUAUAAGGAACUUCCCAGGAAACAAAGUUUCCAGUGUUGCAGGAAUUUACUUCUCAGAACACGAAGGAGAAAUUGGCAUCUUUCCUGUUCCAAGAAGCAUCCCUUCUAGUUGGCUUGCUGUAUCUAUAGGCAAGGACUUUAAAGAUGACCUACAGUUCCUGCUAGAAGGUGUGUCUGAAUUUGAUGUCCAAGGUGGGGCUAUAGCAUCUGAAGUGAUGGUGCACGGACCAUUAGCAUUUCCUAUUGCAGUCACUCCAGCUGGAAAAGCAUUCAUUGCUGGUGCCUAUUAUGGGCAAGGCCGCGUAAUCUUGGUAUCCCAUGAAGGCUUCAUGGGACGGGAAUCUCUGUCCACUUUCAUGAUCAACGCUAUCAAGUGGCUUGACGAGGGUCGCAACGGUGUAAUUGGGAUUCUACCCAGCCUACAGGCAGCCCACACAGUACUGAGCAAAUCUGGUUUAGAUUGCCAAUUGACUGGUUUUAAAGAAGAUCUAAGUGUCUACGUUUGCACUUCAUACAGUGAUGCCCAGUGUGCAGAGAUCCAAGAAUUUGUUGCUGAAGGUGGUGGUCUUAUGAUUGGGGGUCAUGCCUGGUACUGGGCCCAGACCCACUGCGGCUGCAAUGUCAUGACUGAUUAUCCAGGAAAUCACAUUCUUAAUAAGAUGGGAUUGUGUCUCUUGGGCAGCACCUUGGGUGGAGGGUUAUACAAAGCCCCAGAAAUUGAGCAUAGUUGUAAAGAUGGAUACCACUUUCGUAGCAUGCUGCAUCGGUUUGCAGAACAUGUAAGCCUGGGGCAAGAACUGACUAAUCAAGAACAGAGCUGCUUGAAACAGCUGGGCAACGACUGUGCCAGUUACCUUCGCAUGCGAUCUCAUGACAGUGCUGCCUAUACUUCAAUGGUAGGUCUUCUUAGUGACAUAGUGAAGGAGGUAGGUGUUCCACAAGUGUGUAGCAACUGCCCUGUUCAAAGUGCCAAGGACCACCUGAUGCUACAUGUUGGGACUGAGGUGUACAAGGUGUCACCCGAUCCUGAUGCCCUUCUUCCAUACAUCAUUAAGGACAGACCUAAUAUGCCAACUGUGUCUAAUGCAAGAGUUCGGAUCACUGCCAACACUGGAGCUUGUGAAGAAUGGAUAAGCACAGGGUUAUAUCUUUCUCCUGGUAUGAAGACGUACAUAGCAGUACCUCCAGAGAUCGUUGGGAAAAACUGGCAGGUGCAGCUUGGUUGCCAAACAGAUAAUAUUGGUGGAUCAGAUGUUCUGAAACGGGCUCCUGUGGUCCAUGAGCGGUUCCCUUUGGGCACAGAGAUGGUCCAAGUCUGCAAUCUAUGGGGAGGGCUCAUCUACCUAAUAGCACCUCCUCAAAGCAAAGUGGAUGGGGCGGAAAUUGUCGUGCAGAUCUCAGUACAGGCUCCAUACUUCAAGUCUGGAGAGACUAGUGUAGCUGACUGGGUGGACAGGAUCCGUCAGGCACCCGCCCCCUGGGCGGAGCUUGAGUUUGAGAACAUCAUCAUGACAUUAGAAUCAGAAUAUAUAAGGAAUCUGGACCGCCCUGACGAGGUGGCUAAACUUUGGGACACGAUAAUGAGAAGCAUAGCUGACCUGGCAGCAAAGCCUGCCAAGUUCCCCCGCAAGGAGCGGUUUGUUGCAGAUGUUCAGAUCUCUCAUGGUUUCAUGCAUGCUGGAUAUCCUAUCAUGAUGCACUCCACCUCUGCCCCAGGUCUAGUAAAUGUACAGGAAGCCUAUAAAAGUGGUAUGUGGGGAUCCAUUCACGAGCUGGGUCAUAACCAACAGUGUAGAGUUUGGGAGUUCCCUCCACACACCACUGAGUGCACUUGCAACCUGUGGUCAGUGUACAUACAUGAGGAAGUGCUGGGCUUAAAUAGGUCAAAUGCUCAUCCAGCCAUGACUCUAGAAAACCGUCAGGCUCGUACCAAGAUGUAUUGCAGUGGCGGUAAGGAUUUAAAAAGCUGGAGUAUGUGGACAGCACUCGAGACAUACAUGCAGCUUCAGGAAAAAUUUGGCUGGGAUGCUUUCAAGAAAGUUUUUACUGCCUACCAUGAUAUGAAGGGAGUGCCAAAUGACAAUGCAGCCAAGAUGAAUCUAUAUGCUGAGACCUUCUCCAAGGUGGUCAACCUGAAUCUUUGCCCUUUUUUCAUAGCGUGGGGUUGGCCCAUUCAGCCCAGCACACAAGAGAAGAUCUCUCAUCUCCCUGAAUGGAAUGACCAUCCUAUGGUCCAGUAUGCCUAGGAACAUCUCAGAUAGCUUUAAAAAUGUACAGUGCCAGUUUUAAUGUAGCUGAUGGGUACUAUUAAGUAUAAAAAUGAUAUAUGCUUACCAGGAAUUUCAGUACAUAGUUGAGCACUUGAUAUUAACUAAAGGUGGUUAUAGGCUAGUGGGCUAUGGUUAAAUAGAAUCAGAACAUGCAUGUUAAAAGCAUGCAUUUUACAUGCACAACAUACGGUAUACUUUUCAUAAAUACUAAAAACUGCAUGCACUGUGAUUAACAGUAUGGCAUGGGAUCUUGUAUUGGUUGUAUUUCCCUCUUUUAUCCAAGAGAAUAAAUAUUAUAUUAAAAGACUCUGAA